AUGUCUCGAAGGCCAGCCCGUCUUCAGUUAGACCCCGACACUGUGGCUGUGGACUCGAAACCUCCUCAGACAGGUGAGGUGUUCAAUCUCUGGUACAGUCGAUGGACAGGCGGUGAGUUCAACGGACGAACAGUGGCCCAUUCUGCACAUAGAUGUCAUCCAGCCAAGGAUUCUGGGUACACCAAGGCAGAUAAAGACGUUAAGCCCGGGUCUGUGAACCGCGAUAAGUUCAUUUGUCUUUAUUUUGCCCGUGGAUACUGCACAAACGGCCGAAAGUGCCAGUAUCUCCACAGACUUCCUACAGAUAUGGAUUUCUUUCCGCACACGGUGGAUUGUUUUGGACGAGAGCGGUUUGCGGACUACCGCGACGACAUGACGGGAGUCGGAUCGUUCAACAAGGUUAAUAAGACGCUGUUUGUGGAGAAGUUCCACAGCAUGGACGGAAACAUCGAGAUGCUUGUAAAUAAGAAUUUUGGAGAGUAUGGCCAGGUGGAGCGCACACGGGUGGUGAAAAGCAAGAGCAUUGCGUUUGUGACGUAUCGGCUCGAGUCGCAGGCCCAGUUCGCCAAAGAGGCCAUGUAUGGCCAGAGUCUGCUCAAGGAGAACGUUCAGGAAGCACUGAACAUCAAGUGGGCCAACGAGGACCCGGAUCCGGUAGCACGCAAACGAAAUAGAGAGGACGAGGAACAGACAGCCCUGGAGACGGCCACGAAGCUGCUGAAAAAGAUGGAAGAGAAGAUCCAGCGCGUGAAGCAGAGAGAGGAGGAAGGGCAACAUGAAGAGGAAGAAGAGGAACAAGAAGAAGAACAAGAAGAGGAGCCACAAACUAUCAAAACUCUGCCUGCUCCACAGCCGUCUUCGAUUUUCGCUAAUAAGUCACUGGAUGCUAUUAAACUACUACAGAAACCCAAACUUGCCUCCAAACUCGGAUACGACAGCGACAGCGACUGA